CGUGUAUCUUUUUGCCGUUGUUUUAGCCAGCCGGAUUUUUCUCUCUUCGUUGUUUUAGCUUUCUCUCGUCGUUCAACGCUUCCGUGGCUGCACCCAACUCACUCCAAAGAUCCCGCCUUCACCAAACCACCCACACGGACCAUUCAAGUCAUUGGAAUUAUUGAAUUACGGUACCACCACCAUACACUGCACCAACUGCCUCAUUCAUUCUUCUUGCUUUUCCAUCAAACUAAUCAUGCCGAUUACCACUGCCAAAGCCCUCCGCCGUUCGAUUGAAGAUUCCAAUCGACACUUGACGCAACUCAAGUUGGAAUUGGGAGAAUGCUCGGACUUGGUUGGCAUUACCCAUGAAAUUCGUCACCUGCGUUCGGCACGUCGCCUAGUCAUUGGCAGCGAAGAAGUUGCCAUGGAUAUGAGUGAGCCGAAUUGGUUGAGUGAAGACGCGUUUAUGUUGUUUGAUGCGCUGGCGGCCCUUCGAGGCGUCCAAGUCAUUCAAUUGCAAGAUUUGGGAAUUACCUUUGGACCACAGGGACCCCGUUUUCCCGUCGUCUUACUCACACGACUCUUGCAGACUCGAGUGGGUGUUGCUAGAGGCAGUUUGAAGCGAUUGAAUCUCAGUGUCCGUCUCGCAGGAGAUCACAAGGCAUUUCAAGAAUUGGCUCAUUGUUUGGAAGGACAGCAUUCGCUUCAGCAUGUGGCAUGGGAGGAAUGGUGUUUUCCCACUACCGAUGUGGGCAAUGAUGCCGCCUAUUUUGAUUUCAAUCCCAUUGUGGCCGGCUUGGCCAGUUUACCCAGGUUGGAAUCGCUCAGUGUCAAGGCCAUGACGGCAGGGAGUCGUCGGGCCAAUCUGGGGACGUUGGCGCCGGCCACGUUGUCGACGCUCAUUUCUCAUGCCCGAUUGCGACAGUUGCAGUUGGCACAUUUUCAACUGGACAACAAAACGGUACGAGCAUUAGCCAACGCAUUGCCGUAUACGACCACACUGCAACUCUUGUCGAUUGAUUUGAGUAAAACGGGAUCCAGGGGAGCCACCAAACUCUUUGAUAGUUUACGGGAAAACACUACAAUCGCCGACUUGCAAAUCUGGGCAUCCACACAUUCCUCCUGGGCACAAGAUGAUGUUCUCAAGCAUCUCGCCAAGAAUGUCUUGACACGACACGAGACUAUCGAAUCCGUCACUAUUCUCACGCAUUCGCGAACCCUCCAAGAAGCCGUCCAAAAUUUGACCGUCGUCAAUGAUCGGAUUGCCAGUGCCUUUGUCCGCAUGAUGGAAACCAAUUAUACCUUGGAACACCUCGUGUUGGAUGAUUAUGGCAGCAGCAACAUUCCCACCAAGAACGAUGCGAGAUUGAUGGGGAUGAUACACUUUUAUCUGGCAUUGAAUCAAUCCAAACGACGACAGCACUUGAUGCAGGAAUACCAUACAUAUUCCCGCUCGGACUGGACCGACCUCUUGGCCAUGGCGGUCAGAUCGGAUCGCGAUAUUCGCCUCGAAGCCCUCUACUACUUUUUGCGAUUGAAUCCGUCUCUGUGUCAGCUAUAAGGGUUUGUUUGCGUUUGUCUGUCUGUCGCGGUGGGGCUGCUACUACUGCACUUUGGAUAGAAGAACCAUAAGAAUAGAUAGCCUUUUUUUGUGGGCUGC